AUGAAAAUUACUAGCGGUGAUUGUGCUGCAGAUUAGUGGUUCGAGCUAUUCAAAAGCUUCGAACAUCGGGGGGAUAGGCAGAGCUGCGAGUAACAUGCUUGUUGUGCUUACAAACUAGUUUGUUGGCGUCGCGCGUUCCAUCUCCCAGCCGCACAGCCCGACUAGAGUCGCUUCCAUUUGUGCCACCACAACAGUUGACUGCCAAUAAAGUUCGAGACAUCGUCGCGUGCAGACGUGUGACUUCGCGUAGUCAACUCAAAGAUAUAGAUAAAUAAAAGUGAACACAAAACUCAGGCGAAAUUUCAAUUGAAAAACGAAAGUGAAUUUCGACAAAAGUGGUGAAUAAAGAAAUUAAGAGAAAAAAAGACGGGAAGUUAAGGAAGAGAUCGAAAGUGAUCGAUAGUGAUUUUGUGUAUACAAUAGUAAAUAUUUAUGUGGGCAAUUUUACAUUGAAAUUUGUUCGUGCAAUGCAUUGCAGUUGGAUACACGUCUUGGUCCUCGUGACAGGAAUACUAUGUAAUGUUUACUUCAGUUAUGGUUGGAAGCCUAUAGUGGGUGGUUCAAUUACCACUUCCUAUAAUCUACAACAAUCACAUCCCGGUUCAGCGACCAGCGCAAAAACAAUAACUCUUGGCAGCACUUCUGCUGAAAGUUCCGAGUAUUCGACGUCGCCCUUACUUCCUCAAAAGUCCGCGAGCAAGGUGCUAACUGGUGUGAGCGAUGCCAUCGCCAUAUCCGCACCUUUAACAGCACUUCCAGGAUCACACUCGGGACUUAAGUUUGAAACGGAUGAAUUUGAAUAUGAACGCGAUUUAUUCGGCGGUGGUGAUUAUGGAGAGGAUCACUGCGCUGUGAAAAAAUUCGCCUUUAAUCACGAUGGUACCGUUGCAUACGAAAAUGAUUUACCAGACUUGAAUCAAUUCACGAUUUGUUUCUGGUCACGAUACACAAAUCACAGCGGGGAUCACGUAUUAUUAACCUAUUCGGUUAAGGAUGAACCGCGCGAGUUUCAGUUUUGGGUUUCGAACUCACAAAAUUCCAGUUUUAUUUCAAUGGCCAUAAAAGGGCAACAGAUUUAUAGGCUCAAUUAUCCAUUACGUGUACGUCAAUGGCAUCAUCAGUGUUCGUCUUGGAAUGGGAAGACUGGUGAAUGGCAAGUCUGGGUGAAGUCGGAACGUAUUGGACGUGGUUUUAACAACGCGUUGGUUAGUCAUACAAUUCCUGCUAAAGGCAAACUCUUUUCGGGCGGACCUUCGCCAACAGGUAUUUUAUCCGAAGGCCUACACUUUGAGAUCACUUUGGUACAGAUAUAUCAUAUUGCGCUGAGCGCGGGUAAGGCGCACCGUGAUCACAAGCAUCAUCAUGUUCACCACUUCGAUCAUGAGGGACAGGAAUUGUCGACGACAACAAGAGCCCCCCCUGCUAUAAACCGGCCAUUGCCUAUGCACAGUCUGCUUGCAAGUGGACAAAUACCAACUCGAGUGCGUCUCAAUCUCGCGCAACAGCCGCAACAAUUACUCAUGCAGCCGCAACCAGCCAUACCAGCGCAGGCGGUGCAGCAAUUGCAGGGCGCUGAUAACACGCUAUUCCCACUGCCGGAUCAGCAGCAAGCCGUCACCAUCAAUACAAACUUUGUGAACGGCCAAAUCAAUACCGGCUCUCGGUUGGUGUCGCAACAGUUACUGGGGCAUAUCGGACAGCCGAAUGCGGCGUUGUCAUUGCGUCCAAAGACUGUGCAAACCAGCUCAACGACACGCGAAUUCAGUACGCUGAAUAACCCAGCCAAUGUGCAGUUUAUAGACGAAACCGAGACACGAAUUAUCUUCAAGCGCCAGGCAAAAACUAACAACACCAAUACGCAAUUUGGGCAAAAAGUGGUUCGAAAACGAGCUGUGAAUCCGAGGCGGAGACAGGCGAUGGAUGAAACAAGUAAGAAUUUGCAAAAGCGUGGUUUAGUAUUGCUUGAGGACGGAAGUGUUGUAGAUGACCCGUUAUUCGGUAAUAGUUUCAAAUACGACGGUCUCGCGGAUUUUGGUGGACAGCAGUUCAAACAGGAUUUGACACAGAAAAUGAACAUCGAAGAUGAGAUUCAGGAACAUGAUCGCGAACCGGCUGAGGAAGAAGUGAAGGCAGUAAUGGCGUUGUGUAGCGCCUGUGAUGCGGAACCGUUCCAAGGUGCUAUUGUAUUUGCUUGGAAAGAUGCCAAGGAGCAAAUGGAUAAUACCCUGAAAGGAUUAAGUGUGGGCGGAUGUGGUAAUUUCUGAUUACCAUGACUGAGCAGGAGGGACCGCACUAGUCAGCAGGUUUAUGAGCGCUUAGGGAGAUUGCAGCUGUUUUGUAUAUUGACGCAUUUGAAAACGCAUUUAAUUGCGAGCUUUGACUGAUUGCGCAGAUGGCGUUAUCGGUGGUGCUUGCAUUAACUAGUUUAAUUUUUAGAAAAUAUUCUUUUAUAUUGUAUUUUAUGUAUGUACAUAUGUAUGUUAUAUACCUAUGCCUAUUUAAACUUAUUUUAUAUUGUAUUAUAUGCUAAUAAAAACUCACCUUUGAUUUAUGAA